UAUAUGCAAAACCUUCUGAUAAACUUAGCUAACUGAUAAAUUAGUUUGUUAAAGUCUGGCAAGGUGUUUAUGAGUGUUUGUGCGAUUGUGUGAACUAAAAAUUAUUAUGAGUAAUAACCGAUCGUUUCCCUGCUACUUUUGCAACCAGACUAUAAAAAAUGAAACACAGGUGGGACACGCCGCUGUUUGCUCCAAAGUCCUGAUUCCUUGCACUUUUAAAUGUGGAGCAUAUAUACAGCGAAGUAAUAUGCCUAAACAUAGCCUAGAAUGCGUGAAUAAUACCAAUAAUUUAAAAAGGCCUGUCCAAAAACAAGCAAACACAGUAAAUACAUUAGACCGAAAUGGAAUUUACACAAGUACCCCCAAAACCCAAGACGAAGUAAAUGUCCGAAAAAGAUAUUCAGACCAUGAGGCCAGUUUGGCAUUCAAGCAACUCCAAAAUGGCUCAAACGAUAACUCAAGACGUAGUUUAGAUGAAAUUAAAACUAGUUUAUAUCAACAUUCAUUAGCAUUACAGAAAAUCAAUUAUACACAAACCAUUAUAUCUGAGUGGAAGAAAAAUAUUGACUUGCAGAUUUCCCAAAUAAAAUCCACAUUUAAACCAAGUACAAAUAAUGAAUACGAAAAACAGUUUAAAGCAAUUCAGGAAAAGCUGCUUCAAGUGGAUCAUUUCAAAAUGGAUUUAAAUAUUCUUAAAGAAUCGGUGUACAAAGAAAAUACGCAUUUUAAAAAGACAGAAAUGGAUUUUGCUAGAAAUAUUCAAGAUCUUAGUAAUGUUCUUAAGGAUAACAAUAAUUCUAUGGCUCAUAUGUGGAAUGAUAAUAUCAAUAUGCUGAAUAAAGUCAAUUUAGAUAUAGAUAAUACGAGAUUAGCUUUAGAUGAGCAAAAGGCCAAAACAGCUAGUCUAGUUUUUGAUUUACGAGCUGUAAAUCAAAUAGCAUCCGAGGCAGCAGAAAAAAUUGAAAUUCAAGAAAGAGAGAUGACAUCGUUGAUACAGGAAGUCAACCAAGUAAAACUUGAUAUAGAAAUUUUAGAAGGUUUAGUUAGCUCGUACGAUAGUAAUUCUGGAUGCUGUAAGAGAUUACUUUGGAGAAUAACAGAAGUUGAAUCUAAGCUAGCCAGAGCAAAAGAAAAUGAUAUUGUACUUAGGAGUCCGGUGUUUUACACGCAUCAAUAUGGAUAUAAAAUUAGGGUUCUGCUUUAUUUAAAUGGUUUAAACAAAUGGAAAGACAGAUACGCACUAGCAUGCCUUCAUGUUCUAAAAGGAGAAUACGACAUGCUUUUACCUUGGCCAUGUUCUAUUGAAGGGACUGUUACAUUGCGAGACCUUUCAAAUAUUAGUCAGCCCAAAAACUUCAUGAAAUAUAUUAAAACUAAAAAAAGGCAAGGAGAUGAAGAUGAAGACGAACCUCAAGAAUCAAAUUCGACAUAUAUUUUUAUACCUCAUAGUACCUUACUUAAAGGAAAUUACAUUAAAGAAGACUCGUUGUUUUUAGAUAUUAAUAUAAACGAAGACAACAAAUACGAAACAGCAAUUUAGUAUAAAUAUUUUGUAUGUAGCUUUGUUAUAUUUUUAUUUAUUAUUUAUAGUUCUUUUUUUACAAUUUUAUUUAUAGUAAUUUAUAAUAAAUAAAUUUGAAAUUA